UGUUUUCCACUGGUCCUUGUUGCUAUGUGGGUUAUAGCAUAUUAUUGAGAUCGGUUUACAUAUUGGCUACGUAGGAGUGGAAGUCGUUUUUUUAUCGUCGAAAAGUCAUCUGUGAAGUGCCUGGAGGCGUUUAAGGCCCCAAUUAAUUUGAUGUUCUCUCCCACGACUGUGUGUGUGGACUGCUAAUAUCAAUUAGAUUUUCUAAAAUGGAUGGUAUGCUUGCAAAUUGAUUUUCUUGGUGUGCACUUUGGUGACUUUGCACCGAUUGUGUCUGUGAAUAUUGUGAAGCUGCAUACUUAAGAAAAAAAUGGCUGGUGAACCAGUAAACGUGAACGAGUUCCAAGAAUUGGCCAGGGAAGCACUUCCAAAAAUGUACUAUGAUUUUUAUGCUGGUGGAGCUGAGGACCAGUACACAUUAAAAGAUAAUGUGGAAGCAUUUAAAAGAAUCACGAUCCGGCCAAGAGUUCUUGUGGAUGUAAGCAGAAUAGAUAUGUCAACUACUGUAUUGGGGUACAAUAUCUCGGCACCGAUUAUGAUUGCUCCAACUGGCUUGCAUAAGUUGGCACACCCUGAAGGAGAGGCUGCCACAGCCAGAGCAGCAGCUGCAUCUAAAACCAUAAUGAUUUUAUCCACCACGUCUUCCUGCACCGUGGAGGAGGUUGCUUCCAGCUGCAACGCUGUUCGGUUCUUUCAAUUAUAUGUAUACAAGAGACGAGAUAUAACAGCUGCGUUGGUGCACAGGGCCGAGAAAAACGGAUACAAGGCUCUUGUCCUGACUGUUGAUGUCCCCAGACUCGGUCGAAGGGAGGCAGACAUAAAAAACAAAAUGAUUGCUCCUCGAUUGAAGAAUCUUGAGGGUCUCUUAUCGAUUGAAGUUGAUUCUACUAGUGGUUCAAACUUAGAAGCUUAUGCUAAGGAGACAAUGGACGCUUCCUUGUGUUGGAAGGACGUAGAAUGGUUAAGAUCAAUUACAAACAUGCCCAUUCUUAUCAAGGGAAUUCUUACUCGUGAAGAUGCAAUAAAGGCUGCAGAAAUAGGUGUGGCUGGGAUUGUUGUCUCCAAUCAUGGGGCUCGCCAGCUUGAUUAUUCUCCUGCUACUAUUACUGUUCUGGAAGAGGUGGUUCAUGCUGUGGGAGGGAAAAUUCCUGUUCUUUUUGAUGGAGGAGUGCGGCGGGGAACGGAUGUCUUCAAGGCAUUAGCCUUUGGUGCACAAGCUGUCCUAAUUGGAAGACCUGUUGUCUUUGGGCUGGCAGCAAAGGGGGAACAUGGUGUGAAACGAGUCAUCCAAAUGCUGAAGGAUGAACUUGAGCUCGCCAUGGCGUUAUCUGGCUGUCCAAGUGUGAAGGAUAUUACUAGAAGCCAUGUGAGAACAGAGCGUGAAAGACUACUCUCAAUGCUUUGAUGUCAAAAUGAAGCAUAAAGAUGAUAUCCUGGAGUGGAGACAAGUGAUUCAGAUUAUCAAAUCAUGACCAUAAUCAACCGUGCAUACUGCCAUUUCUUCAAUGAUUAAGUUGGCGGGAUUGAAACAUGAAAAUAAAUUCCGUCUGCUAUAUCUUGGUUUAUGUUUUCAAUAAAUGUGUUAAGAGUUAAUUGAACAUUUCAUUUCAAUUAGAGAAGGUAUUGUUAAGUCUCCUACACAUACAUUAUUUGUAUCCAUAUCUAAGUCUACCUUACCCGACUCUUAAAAAAAUCUUAGGAAAUAUUUUUAACU